AGGGGCGUUUUACUUUUCAUUCCUUGGGUUGCGCAGACGUGAAGAAACAGCGGAGACGGCAGCGGCAAAAAGUGAAGAGUGAAGUGGAAAAGCCGAAAGAUGUCGUUGGUGGACUACCCAUCUUCAGACGACGACGUAUCGGAGGAGGAGGUUAGGGAAAACAAGGAAAACGAGCCCCAGCAACAAUUACCCAGCGACGAUCCACGUCCUCACACCCAAUUGGUUGUUUCAUCAUACCAGCAGCCGGAAAGUUCUGCCCCUUCAUCAGCUCCUUCAAUCCAGCAACUUCCUGAUGCUUCAAUGCUCUUGAAUUCUCCUGUUUCCUCAUCCAAUAUGUUGAGUGGCAGCGACCACUCUUCUCGUGUUGCAGCUGCAAUGGUGGAGAGUUCAUCACGCAAGAGGGAGAAUGCAUUUGCUUCCUCUGUUCCUCGCAAUAAAGUUCCUAGAGGUAACUUGCCUCAUUCCAGGAAUGUUCCAGAUACAGUUGGUGGUCUGCUGGUUCCGCCUCAGCUUCGUGGAAGGAGCAACAUUGUUACAGAAGAUGUAGGAAAGCUAUUUGUCAAAAAGCAGGCUGACCCUUCACCAAAGUAGACGAUAUCUAAACAGGUGAUGACAUAGUCGGAGUCUUAGAUACUGUGUUUUUGUAACGAGAGUCUGGAUAAUGUCUUUCAGAAUCACAUCAACUACUGAGGACUUUGGUUGUGUAAAAUGUAAAGAAUGUUAGAGAAGCCAUGUAUUGUAUUUUUGUUCUAGUUAUCCUAAGUUGUGUCACAACAGUUAACUAGGUCUGGACGAAGUUUUCCAAAGGUAGGUUUUUUCUGCUUCUGAUGGGUUUUGUUGCAUUUAUGAGGUGAAGUUGACUGUAAUGCAUUUGCGUUGUAGCU